UUUAGUAUUCAAAUCACUGGUUAAGAACUGAGCUGCCCAGCCCACAUGAGCAGUGAGAUUUCAUUUGUUAGCUGGGGGGCUGGUAAUUGUUUUCCUUCUGAGUAAAUGCUGAAGAAAAACAGCUAUUCACUUCUACCAAAGCACUGAAAACAAGCCGCUAGGUACCUGGUUUGCAGAAGUCAUCAUGAAGCUGGAGGUACCAGAAACCUUUGAAGAGGUUGCUGUGACUUUUUCCAAAGAGGAAUGGAAAAUGUUGAAUGAACAGCAGAAGGAGGUAUACCGAGAAGUAAUGGUGCAAAAUUAUGAGAAUAUGAUCUCGUUAGGAUAUGAGAUACCAUUGACUUGUUUGUUAUCACUGAUGGAAAAGGAUGAAGAGUUUCUCACUCCUUCCGUGAAAAAAGAAGUUGAAACUGAACAGCAUGAGUAUAAAACUGAAGAUGUGCCUCCAAAUAAUUCAUUUGACCUUCCUUAUUUCAUUUGCGAGAAAGAUCUAAUAAAGGAAUGUGUUACACUUCAGCACAAUUUCACAGGAGAAAACAACUUCAGAUGUCCUUUGUGUGAGAAGAAUUUCCCAAAUCAACUAUUGUUCAUUACGCAUGUUUCAAAUGAGCACCAAUUUAUUCAGAACAAUACAGAGAUUCAGACUCCUUGGACAUCAGAGAAUUCCUGUCCAGGUACUUUCAGCAAAAAGGAGUUUAUUUUGCCAGAAAAUAUGUUAGCACUUCAUCAGUUAUACACUGGCAAGGUGGAUUGUGACACAGUCAAUACUAAGCCAUAUUCUUUUAUGCAGGAGAUUCCAAUAACUGGUUAUCCUUUUAAAUGUACUCACUGUGAAAAAUGCUUUAGAACCAAGUCAGAGGUUAAUCAGCAUGAACAGAUCCACUUGGCUGAAAAACCUUUCAAAUGUUUUAAUUGUGAAAAAGGGUUUAAAUGGAAACACCAGCUCUCAGUGCAUCAGAGACUUCACACAGGAGAGCAACCUUUUAGAUGCAGUGCUUGUGGAAUUGGCUUCAGAUGGAAGUACCAACUCUCUUCCCACCAAAUAAUGCAUACUGGGAUCCGUAGUUUUGAAAAUUUUAAGAGUACACGAAGUUUUAAAUUAAUUGUAAAUCAUAGAGUUCUCAUAAAGCCAAACACACAGAAAAGUCCGUUCAUAUGUACUGAAUGUGGAAAGGGCUUUGUAUGGAAGCAGCAGCUUGCAAUUCAUAUGAGGCUUCACACUGGAGAGAAGCCAUUUAGAUGCAGUAAUUGUGGGAAAAGUUUUAGAUGGAAAUAUCAACUCUCAUCCCACCUUUUAACCCACAUAGAGGAAUAUUCCUUUCAAAGUACUGAGCGUGGGAAUAUUUUUAAAUAUUCUGGGUACAGGGUAAAUCCAGAACUGAAAUGUUUUAGAUGCGCAUACUGUGGAAGGAGUUUUGCAUGGAAGCAACAACUGUCUAUUCAUCAGAGGAUUCAUACAGGUGAGAAUCCAUUUAAAUGUGCUGUGUGUGGAAAGAGUUUCAGAUGGAAGUAUCAACUUGUAUCUCAUCAGACAGUUCAUAUGGAUGGUUCCUCUAAAGGAAAUGAAUAUAGAAAUAAUUUCAGAUUUGGGCAGUAUAGUUUUGGGCAGCAGUGGAUAAAUGCAGAAAAUAAACAUUUUAAGUGUACCUAUUGUGAAAAGACUUUUACAGUGAAACAGCAAUUGUUAGUUCAUCAAAGGAUACACACAGAUGAGAGGCCUUUUAAGUGUCUUCACUGUGAAGAGUGUUUUAGAUGGAGAUAUCAGCUGUUGUCCCAUCAAGUAUGCCAUACAGGGGUGGGGUCUGAUAGCCAAUUAGAAUAUGAUAAGGAUAUUAAUUGUAAGGAAGAGGUCACUUGUCAGCAGGGGCUUUGUGAAGAAGAGAAAUCUCUUGAAUUUAGUGACCAGGAGGAGCAUUUUAAACUGAACAGGCAUGCUGAUGGGCAGACUUUUAAUAUGUUUCCUCUGAAGUUAUCCCAGGAAGACAAGGAGAGAUUAGAGUCCAUUUCUUUCCCUGCAUUAGAAGCCCACCAAAACUCUGAAGUGCCCAUGAACAAGAAGCAGUAUAGAUGCACUGAAUGCAAUAUGACAUUUUCCUUGUUAUACAGAUUAAAACUACAUAAUCAAAUCCACUCGGGAAGAAAGACCUAUCCCUACAGUGACUGUACUAAAGGUUUUAAUAAGCUGUUCACCUUGAAAAGACACCAGCAAAUUCAUUCUGGAAAAAGACCAUACAGAUGUGUUAAAUGUGAUAGAAGUUACACUAGCCUACUAGAACUUAUUGAUCAUCAGCAUACCCACUCAUUAGAGCGACCCUAUAAGUGUAAUGAAUGUGAAAAAGGCUAUACUAAGCUAUCCAAUCUUAAACGACAUCAGCAAAGUUACUGUAGAGGGAGAAUUCAUAAGUACAGUGAUUAUAAAAUAUACACUUCUGAGCUGUCCAGCCGCAAAAGGACCAAGCAAGCUUACAAUGUAGCCGCAUAUCACUGCAAGGACUGUGGAAAGGGCUUUACUAAACUAUUCAGUCUCAGACGACACCAGCAGCUUCACUUCACUGGCAAAAGAUAUGAGUGUGAUCAGUGUGAAAGAAGUUACAUUGAGUUGUCUAGCCUCAUUAACCACCAACGAGUCCACUCAUUAGAGCGACCUUAUCAGUGUGAUGAAUGUGAAAAGAGUUACACCAAACUGUCCAAUCUUAAAAGGCACCAGCAAGUUCAUGGCAGAGGAAAACUGUACCACUUUAAUGACUCUCAGAAGGACUGCAGUGAAGAGCCCAAUCUCUCAACACUCCACAAAAUUCAGUCUCCAAGACGACUCUAUCCUUGCAAUGAAUGUAACAAGACUUAUACUAAGUUGUUUAACUUGAAAAGGCAUCAACGCUCUCAUUCUGGUGAGCGACCAUAUCAGUGUAAUUAUUGUGAGAAGAGUUAUACUAGGUUGUCUCCUCUCAAAAAGCAUCAACAAGUUCAUGUACAGAGAUCUGAGCAACAAAACAAGCUAAAGCUGAUGUCAAACAAUGAGACACAGGGAGAAACCACAGUUGCCCUUAAUAAAACACUGUCCCCAGCAACCCAGUGCUUAAUAUAGGACAAUAAGCUAGGUCUAGUUGUGCAGUGGCACCACUGUACAACUGCUAACAUCACAUAGUGUUCAGACUGCAAAGACGACAGCUUUAGCUUGUAUUGUGUUCCAUUUUGAAACUCUUUCAAUCUGAAUUCAGUGGAAAAGAAACACCUUGAGUUUAUGUACAUUACCGUAAAAGCAUUUUUAACACUAACAAUGACCUGACGAUAAAGAUUUUUAUGUCUGUUCUUUGAUGUUCACUUAUGUUUUGAGAUUUUUCUAUCCUCAAGUUAAUCUCUUGGUUUUACCUUCACUGAUCUGGUGUCAGAGAUUCAUACACAAAAUGGCAAUCUUUUUACAUUUAGGGUUGUAACUGCAUGUGCACCCAUUAAGUUAUCCAUAGUUGUUUCUGCUCUCCCAUUGGGUACCUAAUCACUGACCAUUCUUUUUUUUUCUUUCUCUCUCCUUUCAUAAGUAAAAAAAAAAUCACUUAUUUCACUCAUUUCAAAUAUUUUUGUUGUGCUUCAACCAUAGCUAUUGUUUUUUAUUUGUUAAUUGUCCUCUUCUGUAGCAGACUCUGGGCAUUUGAAAAUUAAUGGAUAUUGUCUGUAGUUUUGCACACUUUCAAACAGGAAGAUGAAAUGGUUCUACUGUUCAGUCUUUGUUUUGUUAUGGGUGUUUGUAUA